UCGUGUUCCGAUUGGUCAUACGUUCAGAUAGAGAAUCACAUCCAACAAAUAGACUAGCAACAGUAAUUUAUCCUGAUCUUUACUUUUCUAAAGUAUAAUAAUAAAUAGAGAUUUUACAAUAAUUGAUGUGUGUAGUGCUGGGUUGGUCCACCUAUGCUUUUCCUGCAUUCUUUUUCACUCUCAAACUCUUCAACUUUUCAAUCUGCUCUUUUGAAGGAUGGCUGAACAAAUUCCAUAUGGCCUUGCUGAAGGCCUCAUUAAAAGGCUGGCUUCUGCAGCCUUUCAUGAAAUUGGACGGAUUUAUGGUGUAAGGGAUGAACUAGAAAGGCUUAAAAAUACAGUUGAAUCCAUCAAAGCUGUGCUCCUUGAUGCUGAGGAGAAGCAAGAACAAAACCAUGCUGUUCAAAAUUGGAUUAGAAGACUCAAUGACGUGCUUCAUCCUGCCGAUGACUUGCUAGAUGAAUUUUUUGUUGAAGAUUUGAGACAGAAAAUCAAACAACAUAAGAAGAACAAAGUGUCAAAGGUACUGCAUUCCUUAUCUCCAAAUAGAAUGGCUUUUCGCCGUAAAAUGGCUUAUGAGAUUGAAAAAACAAGAAAAAGUUUUAAUGAUGUAGUGGACGAAAUGUCUAAGUUGAAUUUGAGCCAAAAUGUUGUGGUGGUUAAGCAAUGUGACAAUAUAAGGAGAGAAACUGGUUCUUUUGUAUUAGAAUCAGAUAUCAUUGGUAGAGAAGAUAAUAAAAAAGAGAUAAUAAAUUUGUUGAGGGAACCACAUAGAGACCACAAUGUAUCCUUGAUUGCUAUUGUUGGUAUUGGCGGUUUAGGCAAGACAGCUCUUGCUCAACUGGUAUAUAAUGAUGAGGAAGUGCAAAAGUUUUUUGAAAAGAAGAUGUGGGUAUGUGUCUCUGAAAACUUCGAUGUCAAAACUAUUUUGAAGAACAUAUUAGAGUCAUUAUUAAAUGGAAAAGUUGAUGAAAACUUAUCAUUAGACAAUUUGCAAAAUAACCUCCGUGAAAAUUUAUCUGAAAGAAAAUACUUGUUAGUCCUAGAUGACAUUUGGAAUGAAAGUCAUCAAAAAUGGAUUGAUUUGAGAACUUACUUGAUGUGUGGUGCUAAAGACAGUAAGAUUUUAGUGACGACUCGUAGUAAAACUGUGGCACAUACAAUGGGUGUAGGUGACCCCUAUGUUUUGAAUGGUUUGACUCCAGAAGAAUCAUGGGGUUUGUUAAAGAGCAUCAUUACAUAUGGCAAUGAGGCCGAAGGAGUGAACCAAACUCUUGAAUCAAUUGGUAAGAAGAUAGCAGAAAAAUGUAGUGGAGUUCCACUAGCUAUCAGAACACUAGGAGGCCUGUUACAAAGUAAAAGUGAAGAGAGUGAAUGGAACAAUGUUUUACAAGGUGACUUUUGGAGAUUAUGCAAAGACGAAAAUAGCAUCAUGCCGGUUCUGAAACUGAGUUACCAAAAUUUGUCGCCUCAGCAACGACAGUGUUUUGCAUACUGCUCAGUAUAUCCUAAGGAUUGGGAAGUGCUGAAAGAUGAGUGGAUUCAGAUGUGCAUGGCACAAGGUUAUCUCGAGUGUUCACCUGAAACUGAGGUCAUCGAAGAUGUUGGUAACAAAUUCGUGAAGAUUUUCUUGACAAAGUCAUUUUUCCAAGACGCGAGAAUGGAUGAAGAUGGUGAUAUAUAUAGUUUCAAAAUGCAUGAUUUAAUGCAUGAUCUCGCAAUGCAAGUUGCUGGCAAAAAUUGUUGUUUCUUAGAUGGCGAGGUGAAAGAACCAGUAGGAAGGCCUGUGCAUGUAUCUUUUCAACGCAAUGCCAUUGGUUUGUUGGAAUCUUUGGAUGCAAGCAGGUUGAGAACUUUGGUUUUGUUGUCCUCGUGUCCCGAGUGGACAGGAUUGGAUGGGGAGGAAUCGUCGGUUGUUUCAAAUUUCAAAUACUUGCGCGUCUUGAAUCUGUCAGAUUCUUCUUUAACCAAGCUAUCUGGUUCAAUUGGAAAGUUAAAGCAUUUAAAAUGCCUUAACUUAUAUGAUUGCAGGGCUUCAAUAGAUAUUUUCAAAGCCAUAAGCAACCUUGUUUGCCUAAAAACAUUGAAACUGCAAUUGCGUGAAACCACUCCUUGGGAAUUUAAAGCAUAUAGGAUUAAUAAUUCAAAAUGGCUUUCUUCACUAACAAAUAUUGUUCAAAUCUCUAUCACUUAUUGUGGAACUUUGCGGUUUCUCCCCCCGCUGGAACGUCUCCCAUUCCUUAAAUCUCUUCAUAUAAGUCACCUAGGUUUUCUAGAAUACAUACAUUAUGAAAAACCUAUUUUGUCUGAAAAAUUCUUCCCAUCAUUGGAGAUCCUCAGGUUGGAGUAUUGCCGACAGUUAAAGGGAUGGUGUAGGAUAGGAGGUUAUAUUCACUCUUCGCAAUCACAUCAUCCAUCCUUCCCUCCCUUUCCUCUUCUAUCUCAACUAUCAAUCACAGGAUGUAAGAACUUGAUUCGCAUGUCUACUUUCCCAAAACUUAAGAGAUUGGAGUUAAAUGGUAGUCCAGUGGAGGCAUUGAAUUCAACACUAAACAAUCAGAGUCCCUCAUUGCCUCCUCUUUCACUGCUCAAAUCCCUGUGUAUUGGCGGACACGAACUUUUUGUCUAUAGCAUCCCAGUAAAUUGGAUGCAAAAUCUUACAUCUCUCAAACACCUUCAAAUUGAAUACUUUUCAAGGCUACAGUUUCAGAAAAUUGCUAGUUGGUUUAAUGACAACUUCAACUAUCUUCCUUCUCUACAAAAAAUCACCUUACAACAUUGUGAUGACCUAACGGAACUGCCUGACUGGAUAUGUAGCCUCUCACCGCUUCAACAUGUGACCAUAAGGUAUUUCCCACAUUUAGCAUCUGUGCCUGAAGGAAUGCAUCGUCUUACCAAAUUACAGACCCUAGAAAUCGUUGGAUGUCCCCUGUUAGUAAAAGAAUGUGAGAUACAAGCAAGUGCAACUUGGCCCAAAAUUGCUCACAUCCCCAACAUAAUCUUAAAGGACUACAUUUAGAAAGCUUGAAAGAAGUGUAGUCAUGUCAAGAGUUCUUCAAAUACAAGUUUUUCCACUGCAAGGCAUUUCUUGUAACAAAAGUCAUCAAAGCUGAAAGGCUUCAGGAGAGAGAGAACAUUUACAUCACAGAGGAAGUUUCUAACUGUUCGGAGUUUUUGAUAUUUAUCGAUGACUUCUCCAACACUCAUAAACAUCUAGGAUCAAUUGUUGGUACGCAUGUAUAGCUGGUUUGCACAUCAAGGAGAAGCUUUUCUAUAUGCAGCAAUUGUUUAUUUGUAUGCCUGUUGCUAUAGAUUAGUUUUGAGAAAUAACUCUGCAAGACAGCGUCAAGUUCGUUUAUCAAUAAAAUUAUUCAUUGUUUGUUUAUCGUAUAAUCGAGAUUAAAGUGAGUGAACUCUAUUAGAAAGUAGUUCCAUUCAAGUAAUGCAUGCAUUAAGAGUAUCUGUUAUUGAUGCCUCAAUCUUCUGUGCAACAUGUAUUCAACUUUUGAAUCAUUGUUUAUAUACUUCAUUUUAUAAUGCAUGAUUUAAUGCAUCUUCAAAUUCAAUGGUUUACAAGUCAACAA